GAUCAGUUCAUAUUUAGAAAUAUCGGUCAAAGCAUGUUGUCUCUCUUAGGGUCCUGCAUAUCUAACGAUGUGCGACGAAGUCUUCUGUUUUACACAGAGGUGAUCGACUUCUUGGGAUUGGGGCAAAGAAGCCCAAAUCUCUGAUCAAUGUUAGCACAAUAGAACAAGAAAUAACAUAUUCGCAUUGCUAGGCAACUUUCAAAAGACUUUUCAUCAAAAUGUUUUCGAAUAGCAGAUACACGUCUCUGCUUUCUCCCCCAGGCCAUGAGGCUACUGGUUUUGCAGGUGAAGAAAAGAGACCCUUGAUUGUUUUGUAAUGAUAAGCAUAAAUCAUAUAUGUAACGACAUAUGUUUCUGAAGUAGCAUCAUUAAUAUUCAAUGAAGGACAACGCCAUAUUCAAGCAAGUCAGCUAGUUUGCGGGAUUGACACUUCAAAUUGCAAGGGAUGAUUCUAGACAUCUCAAUCUCGUUGGAUCUGCUUUUGAAAGAGGCUAGGCCUCUCAAGGCAAGUCAACCGCCAAACUCAAGCGCAAAUGGAGGAUCGACAAGCCCGGUGCCUCCUGCUCCACGGACUGGGAAACUCCCUCCGAUGUCCUCCGACUUGAAUAAAAAUCAAACAGAAGAAAUCCUGAAUGCCAUCCUUCCACCAAGAGAAUGGACAGAAAAUGGACAGUUGUGGAUACAGCAGGUCUCAAGCACACCAGCAACUAGACUCGAUGUUGUCAAUCUUCAGGAGCAACUUGACAUGCGUUUGCAGCAACGACAGGCAAGAGAAACUGGCAUUUGCCCUGUGAGGAGAGAGCUGUAUUCACAAUGCUUCGACGAGCUGAUCAGACAAGUUACAAUCAACUGCGCCGAGAGAGGGUUGUUGUUGCUGCGUGUGAGAGAUGAAAUACGAAUGACAAUCGCUGCUUACCAGACUCUUUACGAGAGCAGCGUUGCGUUUGGCAUGCGAAAGGCUUUGCAGGCAGAGCAAGGAAAAUCAGAUAUGGAGAAAAAGAUACAAGAGCUAGAGGAUGACAAGAAGGACUUAGAACGACAAGUGAAUGAACUGAAAGCCAAAUGCGAGGCUAUCGAGAAAAGAGAGGCUGAGAGACGCGCAAUUGAGGAGAAAAAACACGCCGAAGAGAUACAGUUUUUGAAGAGAACCAACCAGCAACUCAAAACCCAGCUGGAAGGUAUAAUUGCACCAACCAAAAAGUAAGACUGAAGUACUCCAUCUUAAGAAAAAUCAUUUUUUCCCAGUCUCGUCGUUUAAAGUUGAGGUUUUGCUAAUGUAAAUUUUGCUCAGAUAUUGGACUAUUUUAACCAA